AUGUAUCACACCUUGCAAUUCUUGCAUCAGCGCGAAAAAAUGUUGAAGAGCAUCAACAACAACGCCGCGAACGCUUUCUCCAUGGAAAGUCUGCUCAGUUCCGGGAAAAUAUCGCCGGAAAACCUGGAAAUCAUCACCGACAAAACCGCGGAAAAUCUGGAAGACGGCAUGGAAGAUUCGUUCGAGGCGAAACGCGACGUCAAAACCUCGAUGAGUCCCAACGAAAAUACGCGCAGCGAAAACGAAAACGACAGACUCAGUCCGGAGAAAAACGACGUUUUCUUGCCGUUCAACAAUUGCUUCAAGGACAGAAUUUGCUCGAACUGUGGCAGGUACAACUGCAACUUCUUUUCGUGUAGAUUCAGUGACAGUGCACACCUCAUCAAGGAAUCCAAACCCGUACUCAAGUUUAGUUGCACGAUAAUCAUGUAUCACACCUUGCAAUUCUUGCAUCAGCGCGAAAAAAUGCUGAAGAGCAUCAACAACAACGCCACGAACGCUUUCUCCAUGGAGAGUCUGCUCAGCUCCGGGAAAAUAUCGCCGGAAAACCUGGAAAUCAUCACCGACAAAACCGCGGACAAUCUGGAAGACGGCAUGGAAGAUUCGUUCGAGGCGAAACGCGACGUCAAAACCUCGAUGAGUCCCAACGAAAAUACGCGCAGCGAAAACGAAAAUGACAGACUCAGUCCGGGGAAAAACGACGUUUUCUUGCCGUUCAACAAUUGCUUCAAGGACAGAAUUUGCUCGAACUGUGGCAGGUACAACUGCAACUUCUUUUCGUGUAGAUUCAGUGACAGUGCACACCUCAUCAAGGAAUCCAAACCCGUACUCAAGUUUAGUGUUAGUGCCAUCCUGGGCAACGAAAAAAAGGAACAAAGGAGUAAUUCACAGACUGGUAAGUAA